AUGGAACCAGACGAGGGGAGGAAGAGACGGGAGAAGCCAAGGUCAGACAUUAGGACAGCGGAGAGGGAGAAGAGGAAGAGACGGGAGAAGCCAAGGUCAGACAUUAGGACAGCGGAGAGGGAGAAGAGGAAGAGACGGGAGAAGCCAAGGUCAGACAUUAGGACAGCGGAGAGGGAGAAGAGGAAGAGACGGGAGAAGGCAAGGUCAGACAUUAGGACAGCGGAGAGGGAGAAGAGGAAGAGACGGGAGAAGCCAAGGUCAGACAUUAGGACAGCGGAGAGGGAGAAGAGGAAGAGACGGGAGAAGCCAAGGUCAGACAUUAGGACAGCGGAGAGAGAGAAGAGGAAGAGACGGGAGAAGCCAAGGUCAGACAUUAGGACAGCGGAGAGAGAGAAGAGGAAGAGACGGGAGAAGCCAAGGUCAGACAUUAGGACAGCGGAGAGAGAGAAGAGGAAGAGACGGGAGAAGCCAAGGUCAGACAUUAGGACAGCGGAGAGGGAGAAGAGGAAGAGACGGGAGAAGCCAAGGUCAGACAUUAGGACAGCGGAGAGGGAGAAGAGGAAGAGACGGGAGAAGCCAAGGUCAGACAUUAGGACAGCGGGAGAGAAGAGUCCAAUGACCGGACGGACAAAGAGCGAGAACGUAGAUGUAUCAGGUUAGUGAAAAAUAUGGAGGGGGAAUAUCGCCCAUGAACAAUGAAUUAAAAGAAAACCAAAAAAACUACCGAAAAGUGUCAACAACAAAGAACCUUUACCAGACGCGGUCACAAAAGCUGCCGCAGCGUCAGGUUGUGAAUUUGGUGGAACGGCUCACCAAACCAAAGUAUUGCAGUAAGGUCGGAAAAUGAAUGGAUUGAUUGGUUAUGUCUGUCCUGUGGAUCGGAUACAGGCGGGCUCUCUGCAUGACACACCUGUCCGCACAGGUAAAACAUGAUUAAUCAAUCCCUGCACUUUUUAGCUUUUGCACGCGCUCUCGGAGUCUAGCCCACGCUG